AUGUUCAGUAAGAGCACAGAGGUUUCACAAAACUCUAUUCAGAUAAAGGAAGAUGACAAGUUCUUCUCCAGGCGUCUGUCCAAAGAAACCUCCAUGGCCAACCCUUCUUCCAGAGUCUACUACGGAGGAGUUGCUGGUGCAGUUCCUUUUUUGUGGGAGUCUCAACCGGGUACACCUAAAUGUAAAAUAUUCAGUGAAACGACUCUCCCUCCUCUCACGCCUCCUCCUUCUUAUUAUUCUAACUCGAAUGUUGAUAAAAAGCCUGCCAAGAAAUCGAGAUCUAUUAGUCUCUUGCAUAUUUUGUUCCCCAAGAUGAAUGUCAAGAAAACCAAUAAUGCAUCUUCAAAUUCUUCAUCUUUUUUAUCAGUCUCUUCAUGGUCAUCUUCUUCUACUUUCGCCAUGGUGGUUCCCAUUACUAGUCCUCUAAAAAAAUAUCGCCUUGCAAGGAGCCGGUUUUCCAGCAGAGGGUCAUCGUUUGAUUCAAGAACAGAAGAUGAAGAACCAGGUUUUGCAUCACCAGCUUCAACUCUACGGUUCAAGCUUCGAGGAUGCUACGGAAUCCUGAGGUGA